CUCAUAGAAUCCUCGAGAUCUGCCCAACGCAUCCAGACCCACAUCCUCAUCUCGACACCUAUACCCUUCCGCUGUACAAAUAAACCCCUUCCUUCUCUCUGUAAUUCUUCAACUUCGAUUCUCUCUGUCUAGGGUUUUAUUUUUGGCUUUCUUUUUCCUAUUUUGCAAAGCUGAAUAUGGAGGCAGCCACAGCGACCCUGGUUCGAUCCUCUUUUGGAACCUCCAGAGCCUCCGCUUUUGUUGCCAGAUCGGCUCUUCUGACCGCUAAUGGACCUGAUUUGGUGCGGUUUCCUACCAAAUCUUUCCUCUUCAUCAAGCAUCAUUCGGCAAUUAAUUACUCAAAAUCAAGGCAAAGGAGAAUGCCUUUUGGAAGUAGAAGAUUUGUCACGAUUAGAGCUUCUUCAUCUGCGGACUCGUCUGGGUCAGCUGCUCCCAUUGCACCUCUCCAGCUGGAGUCUCCUGUAGGGCAGUUUUUGUCUCAGAUCCUGAUGAGUCAUCCGCAUCUUGUGCCAGCGGCAGUCGAGCAGCAACUUGAUCAGCUUCAGACGGACCGUGAUGCUGAGAAUCAAAAGGACGACCCUUCAGCUUCGGGCACCGACCUGGUUUUGUAUAGGAGAAUUGCUGAGGUGAAAGCUAAUGAACGGAGAAAAGCUUUGGAAGAGAUAUUGUAUACACUGGUUGUUCAGAGGUUUAUGGAAGCUGAUGUUUCCUUAAUUCCUGCCAUAGCCCCGUCAUCUUCAGACUCAUCUGGCCGUGUUGGCACCUGGCCUAGCCAAGAUGAAAAGCUUGAGCGGCUGCACUCUCCUGAAGCUUAUGAGAUGAUCCAGAACCAUCUAGCCCUUAUUCUGGGAAACAGAAUCGGUGAUUUAACCUCAGUAGCACAAAUAAGCAAACUCAGGGUAGGACAGGUCUAUGCAGCCUCAGUGAUGUAUGGAUACUUCCUCAAGCGGGUUGACCAAAGGUUUCAGCUUGAGAAGACAAUGAAAAUUCUUCCAAAUGGAUCUGAUGGAGAAAGUACUAUUGAGCGAGCCGUCGGGGAGAGCAUGAGACCUAAUGAUGUUGAGGACUCCUAUCAAGCUGUUUCAGCACACGCUGAAGUCUCCUCCUGGUCUGGGGGUGUCAGUGCUGGAGGAUUUGGGCAUGGAAUAAAACCAUCUCGUUUACGUACAUAUGUGAUGUCAUGAGGAGAGACACUUCAGAGAUAUGCUACAAUAAGAUCAAAAGAGGCAGUCAGCAUAAUUGAGAAGCACACGGAGGCAUUGUUUGGAAGGCCUGAGAUUGUAAUAACCCCUCAGGGUACUGUUGAUUCUUCUAAGGAUGAGCAAAUCAAAAUAACCUUUGGUGGUUUGAAACGACUUGUGUUAGAGGCUGUGACUUUUGGUUCUUUUCUUUGGGAUGUUGAAAGCUAUGUGGAUUCGAGGUACCAUUUUGUAAUGAACUGAGUUAUCUGCACUUGUGUUCUUGCUGAAGUGAACUUUGCAGUAGAGGCGAAACUAACUCAACUGAAAUGGUAAAAUUGAAUGUACCUUAGGUAAGUAAAAGAAUACCAAGUAACUUACAUCAACAACUAUGUAUAUAAAUCUGUUUUCUAUUGAGAUUCGCCCAUGUGAGAUUCAUCAGAUAAUUUAAGUCUCUUAUGCUUGAACUCAUGGUCAUGUUUUAAUGCAAUUGGCGUGGAAUUAUCUUC